CUGGCCGCUGUCCCUCUUUUCUGUUCUGCAGUCUCGAACCUGUCCCAGUAUUUCAACCCAGCCUCGGUGGCCAGCAGCCCGACCCGCGCCCUGCUGCUGGUGGGUGUGGUCCUCCUGGCCUACUGGUUCUUGUCUCUGACCUUGGGCUUCACCUUCAGCAUCCUGCACGUGGCGUUCGGCCGCUUCUUCUGGGUGUUUCGGGUCAUCCUGUUUUCCAUGUCCUGCGUGUACAUCCUGCACAAGUACGAGGGGGAGCCGGAGAAUGCCAUCCUGCCGCUGUGCUUCGUGGUGGCCAUCUACUUCAUGACUGGGCCCAUGGGCUUUUACUGGCGUGGCAUCCCCAACAGCCCCAGCGUGGAGGAGAAGCUGGAACAUCUGGAGAACCAGGUCCGACUGCUGAGCAUCCGCCUGAACCGAGUGCUGGAAAGUCUCGACCGUGCCAACAGCAAGUGACAAUCAGCCAGCCGGCCGGGUCCCCUCACACCAGCGCCCUCUCUCAGAAAACAGAAAAGAAAAAAGAAAAAAAGAACACCAAACCCCAAACAAUCUUAAUAAACAUUUCCGAGCAAGAGAGCGGCGCUUGGUGAGGGUAUUUCCGGCCACAGGCAAACUCCUUAGGACGCGUUCCAAGAGGAACGGUGAGAUCAUUGACGUAGAACUACCUACGAAGUGUCAUUAGUGGAAGAAAUAUUUUUUAAACAAAGGAUAUAACCAUAUUAGCUGUACAGUCAGAGAAGUUUAUCUGCAUAGAGCAUAAAGUUAAUUUUUUCAAGCAUUUAAAUACAUCUUUUGUAAGGUUUUUUAAUAAAGGCAGAUCCGAGUCAAGUUUAUUAAAACUUUA